UCGCACUCCUAACAAUGGUACGUUGGCUUCCCAUUACUGUAGAUCUCUGCUCUCGCACUCCUAACAAUGGUACGUUGGCUUCCCAUUACUGUAGAUCUCUGCUCUCGCACUCCUAACAAUGGUACGUUGGCUUCCCAUUACUGUAGAUCUCUGCUCUGGCACACCUCAACACUACCGCGGAAUCUAACAAUGGUACGUUGGCUUCCCAUUACUGUAGAUCUCUGCUCUCGCACUCCUCAACUCUACCGCGGAAUCUAACAAUGGUACGUUGGCUUCCCAUUAGUGUAGAUCUCUGCUCUGGCACUCCUCAACACUACCGCGGAAUCUAACAAUGGUACGUUGGCUUCCCAUUACUGUAGAUCUCUGCUCUGGCACUCCUCAACUCUACCGCGGAAUCUAACAAUGGUACGUUGGCUUCCCAUUAUUGUAGAUCUCUGCUCUGGCACUCCUCAACUCUACCGCGGAAUCUAACAAUGGUACGUUGGCUUCCCAUUAUUGUAGAUCUCUGCUCUGGUACUCCUCAACACUACCGCGGAAUCUAACAAUGGUACGUUGGCUUCCAAUUACUGUAGAUCUCUGCUCUGGCACACCUCAACACUACCGCGGAAUCUAACAAUGGUACGUUGGCUUCCCAUUAUUGUAGAUCUCUGCUCUGGCACUCCUCAACUCUACCGCGGAAUCUAACAAUGCGACAGAAAAGAUCAUGUUCAUAACAGACAGUGGUGGGGGUCUAGAAGUCAAUGGAAGUGUGUUCCGAUGUGUCCUGGAUGCAGGAGCUGGCUGCACGGUUCUCCCGAUCUACACCCCCAACCCGCGGUGCCCCGUGUAUGACCCUGUUGAGGACUAUGUGUAUUGGUCCGACUAUGCUCUCCAGUCUGUUUGCAGAGUCAAGUCAUCGGGAGACGACUACGAGACGUGGGUGAACGUGUCGAGGGGUUUAUAUGGAAUGGCCCUUGAUUCUCAACUGAGGACAAUCUUCGUUUUUGAGCUCUCUCAAAAUGGAAAAUCCUCCUUGUGGAAGGUAACCAUGGAUACACAGAUACUGACAGAGGUUCCGAUUGAAAAAUCAUCAGUAUGGGGAAUAGCAACCGACACUCAAAACAAGAAGCUGUUUCUAGCAUUUGCUACAAAAAUCACGAUGAUGAAUUACGACGGGACUGAGUAUGUCACCCUACUUAACAAAAAGACUGGGAACCAUUUCGGGAUGAUGUUUGACAAAGAAGGCCACAGAUUGUAUUACGCUGACACUGGAGCGCGCACCUUGGGUUCUCUGGACGUGGAGACAAAUGAAACCACUGUUUACAGUAACGACACUGUAUAUCUGUCUGUUCAUCAGUUCGAAGGUGUUCUGUACGCUGGGCCGUUUUGGGACAGAGGGAGAGUAGAUGAAAUUCCGGGAGGCUGUGGACCACGCUCUUAUGUCUACUUUAACGCAUCAAUUGCUGGGGGCAUACGUGCUACUGUUUUCAGGAAAUAUGGCUGUUCCUCUGGAUGGUAUGGUCGGAUGUGCAACCGAGAAUGUGGGAAAUGCUUCAAUGGAAGUACAUGUGAUGACGUCGCUGGCUUUUGUGCUGCAGGGUGCGACACUGGCUGGAUUGGCGACACCUGCACAACUGUAUGUCCAAAGGGUACCUACGGUGAGAGCUGCAGAAACCUAUGUGACCAGUGUGCUGAUGGCGCCCCUUGUCAUCCUGCUACGGGCACCUGUCAGGCUGGAAACCUGGAGAAUUGGAGAGAAGUAUGUCAUGAAGAUAGGGGCCAUGUUGUCUGGGCGCUGGUGGCUGUGUGUGUCUUCCUUGGAUUGGUUGUGGUGGUCCUCCUGGUCCUCCUGGUCAGAUGGAGAAGAAUGAUGAUGACGGACAGGCAGAAGAAGUCGGAUGUUACUGUUGGCGCCGUGAGGAACCCAACCUACCAGGAUGACACGAGAGAUGCAGAGGCUGAGAUUACCAAUCACGUGUACGAGAAGAUGGUCCGUGUGCUGCCACCUGUGUAUGAAACGAUACAUGUCUAGAGGUGUCGUUUUGUUUGACGGUCCAUGUACCACCCCGUAUUUGAGAUGUAACAUGUCUAGAGGGAUCAUAUUGUUUGAUGGUCCAUGUACCACCACGUAUUUGAGAUGUAACAUGUCUAGAGGGGUAAUUUUAUUUGACGGUCCAUGUACCACCCCGUAUUUGAGAUGUAACAUGUCUGGAGGGAUCAUAUUGUUUGAUGGUCCAUGUACCACCCCGUAUUCGUGACGCCACAUGUCUAGAGGGGUAAUUUUAUUUGACGGUCCAUGUACCACCCGUAUUUGAGAUGUCACAUGUCUGGAGGGAUCAUAUUGUUUGAUGGUCCAUGUACCACCCCGUAUUUGAGAUGUCACAUGUCUAGAGGGGUAAUUUUAUUUGACGGUCCAUGUACCACCCGUAUUUGAGAUGCUACAUGUCUGGAGGGAUCAUAUUGUUUCAUGGUCCAUGUACCACCCCGUAUUCGUGACGCCACAUGUCUAGAGGGGUAAUUUUGUUUGAUGGUCCAUGUACCACCCCGUAUUCGUGACGCCACAUGUCUAGAGGGGUAAUUGUAUUUGACGGUCCAUGUACCACCCGUAUUUGAGAUGUCACAUGUCUAGAGGGAUCAUAUUGUUUGAUGGGUAAUUUUGUUUGAUGGUCUAUGUUCAACCUCGUAUUUGAGACGCCACAUGUCUAGAGGGGUAAUUUCAUUUGACGGUCUCUGUCUAGGGGGUAAUUUUGUUUGAUGGUCUAUGUACUACCCCGUAUUUGAGACGCCACAUGUCUAGAGGGGUAAUUUUGUUUGAUAGUCUAUGUGCCACCCCGUAUUUGAGACGCCACAUGUCUAGAGGGGUAUCUACAUAUUUAGUUUGAUAAGGCACUUUGUUUAUUUUGAACGUGUUUUCAAUAUUGGCACCAAAUCAUCACUUGUGUAAAUCAAGAACCUAUCACUAUUUAGAGUUCAGUUGUAUUGGAAAUCACCUAAAGUACAUAAAUCAAUCCAACCGCAUAUCCAUAAAUAUUUAUUAACUGAAGACAUGGACUUGCAACAUUAAUUAUCAAUUCAAAACAAUACAAUUUGUGGUAUGCGAGUGUAAGCAAGUGUCAUUAUGUAUUUAACUACACAAAUCCUUUUUGUGUCAUUUUGAUGAACCCUCCGUGAACACCCGGGUUAAAAUAUGUCUAGGCGACUGACGGGAUCGGGGGUCAGGCUCGCUGACUUCACAUUUAUAUAUUACAUUUAAGAAAUAUAACAAUAGAGCCGGAUCAUUUUGUAACCAUUACCACGCAAUAUCGAACCUUAUGUUUUGCACUUGACAUUGAUAGUUUAUGUUUCACAUGUGUCCAUUAUGCAAAGUGUUAAGUGAUUACUCAUAUAUAUUUAUAUAAAGGCGUGAUAGGAAUAUUUACUGUUAUCCAAGCUGUCUUAGAUUACAAAUCUUGCUGACAUUUUAAGCAGCCAAAGUCAUUUUUAUAAUAAAUCAUUAGUUACAGUGUACAACGAUCUAAUAUUAUUCAUCUCUAAAUUGAAUCUCACCAGAUUGUCUGGCAUUGCUCCAAGGCUGUACUGAAAGGACAGUACUCCAGUCUCUUAAAGGGACAACUUGUUCUUAUUCUUCCCCAGAACUUUAUGAUUAAAACUAAUAAUUAUCUUCUUAGAGACUUGUUUAAGUCUACAAAUGGUCUUUUGAUAUCAUAUAUAGCAACCGGCUUGAAAGUAGAAAAUACUUUUGUCGAUCAAAGUUGACGGUGAGAUAUUGUUUAUUUAUCCAAUUUCUCUUUCAGUAACAAAUUUGUCUUACAAUGUUCUGGACCAUCGUAAAAUGGUCAGGGUGCAUCCCGUGGAAAAAGAAAAUGAUAAACUAACAACUGAAGUAAUUGUGUGAUUAUCUAAAUAAUAAAUAUGCUAGUUUUUCGAAUAACUGAAUAGUUCUGUAAGCUGCUAUUUAUUUCGACAAAAGAAAUGCUGCUCUCAAGUUGUUCUGUUGACAUGUUAUUACAUCAUUAUUUUUCUCCAAUGUAACGAACUGCAAUUCGUUGGGCAGAGUUGUGUCCCUAGGCACGCCAGAAACCGCGGGUUCUAAUCCCGGUUCGCCCUGAUCAUGUUUUUUGGUUUGUCUGCACCAUACCCGUGCUCAUGGGUUUCACCAAUGUAAUAAACGUACUACAUCACUUCGGGUUUUCCUCCCACAUUAAGCUGACACGCGAUGAUUGCAAUGGAAUACGGUUCAAAGUUGGGUUAAACCCAAGUCACUUACCACAUAAAAUGAAACCCAUUGUACGUGUGUUAUCUGGCAUCCAGAAACAUAUACCCAUGAAGCUGUUUCAGUGUAAUACCUCUUUGUUCAGCUCUCAUGUGGUCAUUGAUCGCCUAUAUUUUAAUUGCUACAAAUUACUACAAAUUACUGCUUCAUUAUGUUCAAUGAUACAUGCCAAGCAAUGUGUAUUUUCAUUUAAUUUUUUCUGUUACAUUUUUUCUAACCACAUACGCGUUUUUUGUUUAUAUUUUUUGUUUACUAUACCGUUAAAAUUUGAUAUUCGUGAAAAACUGUUUCAAUUCAUUAUAUUCUGAAAUCCACACAUUAAAUAGGGUCACGUUUUGGAAGAAGGCUCAGAAUGGACAAAACAAAUAAUUAAUUCAAGUUUAAAUGGGUGACAUAUACGUGGGGUACAUAUAAUGGUUGAGAGAUAAUCCCUUAGCAUCCAGUUCAACGUUUUUUUCAGAAUACGUAAUGUGUCCUUGUAUCCCUCGUGAGAUUUACACCAGUUGAGAUGAACUAAUAUGAUUAUAGACAAGAUAUCAUUUUGGGUUUAGAUGCGCUGGUUCAAUAACUAUCUAGCUAUUGGUUGAAACAUGAUCACGUAUAUACAUAUACUGAACAUGUAUUAACAAGAUAAGUCGUUAUUUUGUGUUAAACACACGAAAUACUAUUACUGUAAUACGAGUGAUAUGGAUUAAUGUACAUCAUAUUGUUACAUCCAAUUGACUAUUUAAUAGUGAUUACAUAACACAUGCUCAUGAUAUAGUCAGAUUUAUACACCGGACUCUGCUUUUAGUAGAUAUGUCAUAUGAUUAUUGGAAUUGUUUUUUGCCACCUUAAAUUUGUUCAGACAUAAUUAGCGAAAUUAAAUGUUGCUCGCCUGGCUUCUUGUCUUGAUGUAUGUUUUCAAUGUCGACGGCGACACAAAUGUAAAUACCAAUAAAACACUACUCUACA